CACACACUCCCAGUGGCAGACUAGAAGCGUGCCCAUUGUUCGUCCCCAGCAACAAUAAACCAGACUCGGUCUGAAUUGUGAUUCUUUUGUUUCUUCUUUUGAAAAAAGCGUUUAAUGGCGAAUUCGUUGUUUCUCCCAAACCACAGUUUCAUAGCUCCCCCUCGCCUCUCUGCUUCCUUGUCUUCAAAACCCUCCAAACCCCUACCUCUUCCCCGUCUAGGGUUUUCUCUCAACAACUCUUCCUCUAUUAUUAGUCAGAGCAGCAGCAGCAGCAGCAGCAGAAGCGGAAGCAGAAGCAGGCGUGCCUCUUCCUUCAAAUCUCAUCUCGCUCCUCGAGACUCCGUUCCCCCAACGAAUGCCAAAGAGGAUCGUACUCAGAGUAAUGUAGAAGCUUCGGAAAGUGGAGCAGAUCAACACCAUUUGCCCCGUUUGAGGACCCUCCUUAAAGUUUACAAGGAAGCUAUAUUUAACGGAGAUGAAGAAACUGUAUCAGAAGUUGAGGCCAAGAUAGAAAUACUUGAAAAUGAGAAGAAUAAAUUAGUCAAGAAAGUAUCUUCCUCGUCGGCAGAGAUAACAUCUGGGAAGGAGAAAUUUAUCCGCUUGCAAGCAGAUUUUGAUAAUUGUAGAAAAAGAUUUGAGAAGGAGAGACUUACGGUAAGGACGGAUGCACAAGGAGAAGUUAUUGAGAGUCUUUUGCCCAUGGUUGACAAUUUUGAGAGAGCCAAACAAUACAUUAAACCCGAGACUGACAAGGAAAAAAAGAUUGAUGCAAGUUACCAAGGUAUAUACAAGCAAUUGGUGGAGACUAUGAAGAGCUUGCAUGUGGCUGUCGUGCCAACUGUGGGAAAGUCUUUUGAUCCUUCGCUACAUGAAGCUGUUGCACGUGAAGAGUCUCAAGAAUUCAAGGAAGGGAUUAUAAUUCAGGAAAUCCGCCGUGGCUUUUUACUUGGAGGUCGGCUUCUAAGACCAGCAAUGGUUAAAGUCUCCACAGGGCCUGGCAGUAAGAAAGCCCCUGUGGCCACCGAGAAAUCAUCUGGGUUGCCAGCAACAGCUGCAGGGGUGGAGAAAUGAUAAGUUUUCUAGCAGAACCUGAAUUAGAUGUAAGGACACAUCGGAUUUCAUCGGUCAAUCGGGCAUUUCUUACCUAUGGCUUCUGUUCUUCGAAAGUUUCUGAGGUAUAAAAAAUCAAUUUCAAUUGUGACAUGCACAUGGGGAUACUAUACUUUUGUUUAACAAGAAAGCAGACUCAUUAUUUGUAAUUCUGAGAAUGUUCAUGUUAUGGCCCACCUGGCUCUUUAUAAGAAAAGGAAAGUGCAGCUCAUUGAGUUGAUGAUCAUGAC